ACAUCGAAUUGUAGCAAUAUUGAUAUUUGAUAUAAUAAUCCAAAGUCCAUAAUUUCGAAAAGAAGAUUUCAUCACACAUGCCUCGAACUUUACGGCGCUCACUGAAUACGGUAUAGGUUUAUAUUAUGCUAGACAAUGCAUGGAAAAUGAAAAUCUGUUUACGGUUUGUCUAUAAAUUGGUAAUUAUACGGAUAUAUAUAUCGUCAUCUUUUCUUUUUUCCAUAUGCCGUUUGGACAACUGAGUCUGAUUAUCAAAUGAUUAUCAUGAUACCACAGACCAAAUGUGAUUCGUUUUACAUCAUAAUUUUGGCAUAAUAAUAACAAUCGAAAAUAGUAGUAGCUGGAUUUAAUGUACCACACUUUUGCCUGAGGAUAAAAAGCACUGCUAUUAUUACCACAGCUUUAGGUGCUCUGCCCAUGCAUGUAGCCAUUCCAGCAUUCGAAGAAUACCGGGUGCCCUUACCAGGGUUGACUCUUGAGUGCAGCACAAUUUGGUUGACUAGACCAUCCAUUGUCGAACUAUUCAACAAUGUCGACUGCGAUGACAACAGACUCAUCCCCUCUUUUGUCCUCUGACCAACGAAACGAAUACAAUUCGAUCAGCGAUGAAUCUGUGGCGCUCCGGACGUCAUCGUCACAAUCGUUGUCGGUAACGUGCUCGUCGAGAGAGAAGAGUAUACACGACGUUGUUCGAAGUGAGGGACGGCAACGGUUUGGUUGUUUUUCUUUACGGCCAUCAUGGUUACAGUGUUGCAACAAUCCCAAAGGAUUUCUAGUAUGGCUCUGUGGUUUCGCUUUCACCCAAAGUUACGUGACCAGUGGUAUUGUCUAUACUGUAACCACCACAUUGGAGCAGCGAUUUAGUCUUCCCAGUGUGCAAAGCGGUUUCCUUGCCUCCUGUUACGAUCUUGCUCUCCUCAUCGUUGUUUUAGGAGUAACAUAUUUUGGAGAGAAUGGCAAUAAGCCCCUAUGGCUUGGCAACGGCGCCCUUAUAUUUGCUGCUGGUUCUUUUCUCUUCGCCCUUCCACAGUUUACUACAGGUCUCUACGAACCAUCGACUUUAUAUUCCGAUACCUGUGAUCCUACAUCAAACGUAACAAACCCUUGUGAUGUUGAUGACAAUGAUAACACGACACUAAGCUCUUAUUACUGGGUGUUUAUAGCAGCACAAUGUCUUCAUGGACUGGGGGCCGCCCCCAUCUACACACUUGGAGUUACUUAUAUAGACGAAAGCGUGUCGCCUCAUAUGGCAUCCAUUUAUCUUGGGAUAAUCCAAGCAACCUCAAUCCUAGGUCCAGCUCUUGGCUAUCUCCUCGGUGGAUACUUUCUUAGUAUCUAUGUCGACCCGGGUGUAGAUCCAGAGAGUUUGGGUUUAACAGCAGACAGUGUUCUAUGGGUAGGAGCAUGGUGGAUUGGUUUUAUCACAAGUGGAUCUAUGGCUCUCAUUGUUACUCUACCACUACUUGGAUUCCCAAAAUAUCUACCAGACGCCAAAAAUAUCGAUGGUAAGCUCGACCAUCAUCAAACUCAGAAGGGGUCAGAAUUCGUCACUCAGACCGGAUUGGCCAACUCUGUACGUGAUAUUCCUCGUGCCACCCUCAAUCUUGUUACCAAUAAACCAUUCAUGUUGUUAAAUUGUUCGGCAGCGACCGAAUGGUUUAUUAUCUCGUGUCUUGCAGCAUUUGGACCCAAGUUUUUUGAAUCACAGUUCUCACUGUCUUCAAGUGAUGCUGCCUUUCAAACAGGUCUGAUCGUUAUUCCGUCGAGUUGUGUUGGUUGUCUGAUUGGAGCCUUCCUCGUCAAACAUUUCAAACUGUCUUUCUCGGGAAUGGUCAAGUUUUGCAUCGGUUCUUUGAUGCUUUCUCUCGUUUGCAUGUCUUUCUUUUUAACCUAUUGUCCCGACCCUCCUAUGGCAGGGGCUACAGUGCAGUACUAUAACACGUCCAUUCCUCAAAAUGAGGAGAACAGUACUAAUUUCACUGCUGAAUGUAACAGCAACUGUCACUGCGCUGCAACCUACAACCCCGUAUGUGGUACCAAUGGUGUCGUCUACUUUUCAGCCUGCUUUGCUGGAUGUACAAAAGAUGAAUAUCCCGAUGAUGUGGAAAGUGACAGAGUAUAUCAAGAUUGUAAAUGCAUCCAAGAUAGUACCAACCACACAGAGUACUCUGGAUCAGCAGUCUUAGGUUUAUGUAAAGACGAGUUUUGUGACAAGAAACCUAUGUUUAUGGCUGGACUUUUCUUUGCAUUGGGCUUUACAUUUCUGGCUCUCGUACCGUCUAUUCUCGCCACAAUGAGAUCUGUUUCUCAUUCUCAGCGAGCUUAUGGUCUAGGAAUACAAUCAUUCAUUUAUCGACUACUAGGCACUGUCCCAGGACCAAUUAUAUUAGGCGCCCUCAUCGACAGAGUCUGUUUAGUAUGGGAAAGCAACUGCGACGGAUCUCGAAGCUGUUGGCUCUACGACAACCAAGAAUUCAGCAAAAUAUUCUUCAUCGUGACAGUCAUAUGCCGAUGUUUAUCUCUCAUCUUCAUGUUUCUUUCACUAAUGACUUAUGUACCACAAGGGAAAGAGAUCCAAAAAGAGGAAGAAGGAACAGAAGAACAUGAAGAAGGGAUCGAGGAGAAUUCGUCAACACAAGCAUUUCUUACAAGCCAAACGACUUCAUAUUCAAAGACGCCCGACCCGUGAUGACUGCGUCAUUUAGCGGACUCUUUGAAAUAGUACGUUAGUGAAUCCUCUCACAAACUGAAAUAAAAAGGAAUACUCUCCAUUAAGUUGCUAUAUUUUUGUCAACUGUUAGUCGACUUGUAUGUUUAAUUAUAAUCUGCCAACCUGUGCACCUUGAAACACCAGUAUAAAGCGCUCUACAAAUGUUAAUAUUAUUAUUAUGUUCGUAAUGAUCAGCAGAUUAAAAUAGGCACUUUCUGUCUUACCGACUGACUGAUCGUCAGUCGGUUAACACUAUACCAUGAUACUAUUUCAUGAUGCUUUUCAGCACUGACCAUUGACAUUGCCAUACAAUAGAUAUCAAUGCUUCCCCGGGUGCCAAUCAAAAUCAACUAAAGGAUUUCACAACAAUAGAGGUGACGAUUUGGUCGGUGUUUGUACUUGUCUUGUCUUGUCUUGUCUUGGGUUAAGUCGGCAUAUGCAGACUUGCUGUACUCCGCCAACUUUAUUGAUGUGUGUGAGACCACCAAGUAAGCAGGUCACUGACUAGGUUUUGGAGAGAGUUUUGAGACUUUCAUGAAACUCCCCGACUCUUCAAUGCGAGUCUGGAUAAUACAGGUUAACAGUUCCGCAAAGUAACUUUCAAAAUAUAAGUGUAGGGUAUAACGAUACGCUAUGCGAAUCAAUAUGAGUGUUCAUGUAUACACUACUAUCUUAUAAAUUAUUGUUUGUGAAUAAUAAAUUACAGUGUAUAAACUGCAA